AAUGACGGUAAUGUCAUGUGUUACUGGCCAGGUUAUUUAACAAUCAGCCCCUAUAACAAAGUUAUUAAAGUAACAUUUUCUAUUGUAGAUUAUAGCAACUAUUUCAGUUGUAAUCCGGAAUCGGAUAAACUAAACUUAGUUCUUUCUGGAAAUAUUCCGGAUGAUAUUCUAACUACCAAUUCCUAUAUCCUUGUACCGAUCCAGGCAUCUCGAGCAACCGCUGAUUAUGUAGGGACCACGGUUGUUGUGGUAGAUUUAUCAAAUAUUAUUGAACCCGGAGUAUCAUCCCCUGUUUUCGCUUCGUCGUACUAUUUAGUAACGUACACUGUAAAUGAAGAUGGCAGCGAUAGUAUUAGUGGCGAAACGUCGAUAACUUUAAAUGACAACGAUUACCAAAAUACUAACUUCUCUUUAGCAGGAGAAUACAGAACAUUCUUUGAACUUGAUUAUUCAAAUAACCAAAUUAAUUUAAUAUUACUCGGUGAUUUGCCGGAAGAUGUUCUCUACAAUACAGAAUUCGCUCUACUUACUGUAACGGCAACUCGUAAUGGUGCAGAAGCUAAUGGGAAUACGGUUAUUGUUAUAACACUGCCAGGAGAGCAAUGUACAAUAGGUUCGAAUUUCACAAUCUGCUCUCGUUUUUCGUAUUAUUCAAAAUUCAUCGUCUUGUAAGGGCUCGUAUUUGGCAAUAUCCUGCUGAUACUUAUCAGUAAUGCAGAAUAAAGCAGCACUACCAAAACUAAUUAGCGGUGAAUUUAGUUUUGAUAUAAUAACGCAUAUACGAUUAAUUUGUGGAAUUUUAUAUUGAACUUAAUCUACUUUACAGCUUUAAUUACACUACAGUCGACUCUCGAUAAUUCGAAACUAGAGGGACUCUAAAAUAUUACGAAUUAUCGAGUGUUUGAAAUACCAAAUGGUUCGAAAUAUAAUCUUUCGAACUUUUAAUCUGUAUACAACGAAAAACUAACAAUAACUAAAACAUAACUAAACAAACCAAUUCGUGCGGAAGUGUGUGUCAAACUGAUCAUAACAAAAACAAAG